AUGCCACAACUAGACACAUCAACAUGGUUUACUACAAUUGUAUCCAUAAUCCUAACACUAUUUAUCGUAUUUCAAUUAAAAAUUUCCAAACACCACUUCCCAAUAAGCCCAGAAUUGAAACCGUUAUCAACAUCAAAAACCAAUAUCCCCUGAGAAAAAAAAUGAACGAAAAUCUAUUCACCUCUUUCACUUCCCCUACAAUAA